AUGGAAAAUAGCAACAUUAAGAACAGCCAGAUCACUGCCUCAUCUCAGUGGGAUGGUAACCACGCCGCCAUUCAGGGAAGACUGAACUACAAGAAAAAUGGACCCAAACGGGGAGGUUGGUCAGCUCGCACCAAUGAUCUCAACCAAUGGCUCCAAAUUGAUCUCAUUAACAAGUUUAACGUGGUGACACGAGUUGCAACACAAGGAAGAAAUGCGUAUAACCAGUGGGUGACGAAAUACAUGCUACAGUUCAGCGAUGAUGGAAUACAUUUCCAAUAUUAUCGGGGAGAAGGAAAAGCUUCAUACAUGGUGGGUCAAACUUUUUCAAAGAAACUCGCACCAGCAUAAACAUAUCAUUGGAACCAUAAAAUACUUAAAACGACCGCUGGUUAGAAAUUUUGUCAAGAAAACUUUAGUGAAGAAUUGCAUUUUAAAUUACUUCAUUUUUUUUUUUCAUAGAAAACGGUGAACCUUUUACGUAAUUGCAAACUUAAAUAGGCAGAAGCAAUUCUAUUAUGGAUUGCUUUUGACUCGUGAUGAAGCAACUGUCGUCAGGCAGCUUGAUUUGUUUAUAUGCUACAUAUUACCUGUCAUUUGCAGGAAUUCGCCGGAAACACAGAUCCGAACACUGUUGUUGCUCAUCACUUAAAUCCACCAAUAGACGCAGGCUACAUCCGCUUUCUGCCAACAGCUUGGCAUAAACACGUUUCCAUGCGGGUGGAACUUUACGGCUGCAAAGGUAUUUGACGAUGAAAUUUUCUUAAUCGUAAUGAUCAAAUCUUAGUACCAUGAUAACCUGCUUUCAGAACCUUCAAAAGAUCGACUAACACGAAAAUUCAUUGUUUAGAUCGUUCUUUAAGCAUUUCUUUGGCUGACAAAAUAAGAGCACUUUAGUAAUGAAGUUGGGAGCCUGUUAUAGGAAAGUAGCUCAAUGCUGAAUGACUGAGUUGUCGUCUUUUGUCAACUUCAAAAUCAGUGGAAAAAAAACAGAGAAUCACUUUAAUUUUAGGUGUGCUGGAAAUAACAAUUCCACCUUUUAAACUACGAGGUAAAAAUUAAUAUGCAUGCCGAGACAUUUGAAGAAAUACUGUUGCCUCUCCGAAAAAUCACUUUCAAUAAUUGCAUAUACUACCUUUAAAGAGAUAUACCCUACUUAAAAUAAAUACACUUCAAUUUGCCAUUAAGGAAAGCCUCAGCAUUCAAUUUACUACUUUUCAGUUUGUGAAAAACCUCUGGGCAUGGAAGAUGGACGCAUAGCUAACGGACAGAUCAGUGCCUCGUCAGAGUGGGAUCCCAAUCAUGCCGCCAUCCAAGGCAGGCUGAAUUUUAAGCAACGUGGAGCAAAACAAGGUGCAUGGUCAGCACGUGCAAACAAUGUCAAUCAAUGGCUUCAAGUUGAUCUUGGUUGCCAUCACACCUUAGUGACACGUGUUGCAACACAGGGAAGGAAUAAAUUCAACCAGUGGGUUACAAGAUACAUGUUGCAGUAUAGCAACGAUGGUAUACACUUUCAGUACUACAGAGAACAUGGGCAUCCAAACUAUAAGGUAAAAUAAAUGAUCACAACUUUACCCUUCCAAGAUUAUUUCCUUCUUGUAUGAAUAAUGACUUUACAAUGCUUUGACGUUACAAGUUUUGGUCAAAACUUGAAAAUUAGAAGAAAUUAAUUAUUUCUUAUCGUUACUGAUUAACUUAGAAUUUCGUACUUCGAAUGACAGUUUCUUCAUUCAUCUAGGUAUUUUCUGGAAACAAAAACCGAGACACGAUUGUUUCUCACCUACUGAGUUCGCCAAUCGAGGCUCGUUUUCUCCGUAUCCGACCACUGGCCUGGUAUGGGCACAUAUCGAUGAGAGUGGAACUGUACGGAUGUGGAGGUAAUUACGUAAAUUCUUAUAUCUGGGGGUCUUUAUGAGGCCAUUUCGAAAGUACCUCAAAAGAAAAAUCGUGAGGUAUACUACCUAUGAAUUAGGUAGUAUACCGCGUUUGAUCACAUCCUCCUGUAUGUUUAUUUGCGCUAUGUAAAUAUUAAAUAUUAUUAUUAUUAUUAUCAUUAUUAUUAUUAGGAGAGAAAACCAGCAAAACUGAUUAAAUUAAUUGUUACUCAUCAUUUUAAGUUAAACAACCCAAGAAGUCGCUCAUACUGUACUCUAAGUGUAUUAUAGUCUAUACUAGAAGUGGUAAACAAAACGGGUUUCCUCUAUACUCGAUUUAUAGCUCAACAAUAUCAAUUAGCCAAAUCUUUUUAUUUGGAUCGACUAAAUCUUUUAGGAUGCCAAUAUUGUCUCGGCGCCCUCGGUAUGGAAAACCGUGCAAUUUCAAACAGUCAAAUAAGUGCCUCGUCACAGUGGGACGCAAAUCAUGCUGCAAACCAGGCCAGACUCUUUUAUCAGGCAGCUGGAAAAAAACAGGGAGCCUGGUCAGCUCGUGCAAAUGACGCCAACCAAUGGUUACAAGUUCAACUCCCUGGCAUUUUUAAGAUAACAUAUGUAGCCACGCAAGGAAGAAAUGGUGCUGACCAGUGGGUAACAAAAUACAUGUUGCAGCACAGCGACGAUGGAGUUCGCUACCAGUACUACAGUGAACACCAAGGAAGUAAGAACAAGGUAAGAAUUCAUAAUUUCAUUAAACAAUAGAGGCAUUGUUGCCUCUUUUAUGGUGAUUUAGAAAUGUGAUUGAACUGAGUGGAGUGCAGUUUGGGCUAAAAUCUGAAGUAUAAUUUCAGACCAAAAUUGCACGACACAAGAUUCAAUUACCACUUUAUUACAUCCAUUUUGAAAUCGCUCAAAUACAGGACUUGGUCAGUUCAAAUAUUUAGUUGGUGCAGUACUGAGCCGGUUUGAAAUUAAAUUCAUCCAUUUCUUGGGGAAAAAAUAAGAGUUUUGGAAACUAAAGUUGCAAAAAAUUGCCACAUGAUACUCUAUCUUUCAUUUUCCUGCAAUUAGAUUGGUUACUUUAAACAAGCCUUGAAAUCUGAUUGGUUGUUUUGUUUUUAGUGUAGCCACCUCAUUAGCUGGGAAAAAGAUGUAAUUUAAAGCGAAAAAUGGUGCGAUUCGGGAAUAAAUCGCACCAAUUAGAGCCAAUCAGAUUACAGGGACCACCAUGUGAUUUCAAAAUGGGUGUAAUAAAGCAUCUAUUGUCUCGGUUAUCAAAAAUAAAAAAAAACUAAUUGAUUUCUUACCCCUGUUUUCGAUAGAUUUGCACUCGAUGCCGAUGGAACAUUCCUUUUCCCAACGAAAAUUAUUUGAACUUUUCUACCUUUUCCGAAAUUGAAACUUCCUUUCUCUUCACAGCAAUAUGUUUCACCAAAGGAUCAUUAGGAUCUCUUGGUUUUACUGAGUCAUAUCGCUAAUUUACUCAACUCAAAAGUUAUGGUUAUGCAAAAACUCGUAAAAAAAAAAUUCUCCAUAUUUUGAUAUUCCUCAUUGUUCAAAAAAUGAGUGAAUACUUUUAAAAUUGCAUAAUAAUAUUACCUUUGCAGGAAUUAAGUGGAAACACUGACCGCGACACUGUUGUUUAUCACAAGUUAAAUUCAUCAAUCACGGCACGUUACAUCCGUUUUCGGCCUGUUGCUUGGCAUCGCUAUAUAUCUAUGAGAAUGGAAAUCUAUGGGUGUGAAGGUAAUCACGCUUGAAAAAUAAUUCUAGAUAUCUAUACUAAGCAAGUUUUCAAGGGAUAAUACUAUUUAAUCUUCAGGGAAAUAAAUGAAGUGCUCUCUUUAAAUUCAAAACAAGACCCACGAGUGAAAUUUUGGUUGCAGGCUUGUUAUUCACAACGCAAAAUAUGACUAGAUUGAGAGAUGUCCUUUCUUUACUAAAAAUCUUCAACUGAAAUCAUUAUUCUAUACAAAUACUUUGGCGCAUUUAGAUAACUAAGUGUGUAUUUUAAUGAUGAACUUUUUAAAUCUUCAGUAUGCAAUCACGCUCUCGGCAUGGAAGAUCGUGGAAUCUCUAACUGGCAAAUCACCUCCUCAUCGCAGUGGGAUUCAAAUCAUGCUGCCAUACAGGGAAGACUCUUCUUCCAAGCAGCUGGACGUAAGCGAGGGGCCUGGUCAGCUAGAGCAAAUAAUAUUAACCAGUGGCUCCAGAUUGACUUGGGUUGUGGAGACAACAUAGUGACACGUGUUGCGACACAAGGCAGAAAUGCAUUCAACCAGUGGGUUACAAAAUACAUGCUGCAAUACAGCAAUAACGAUGCACAUUUCGAGUACUACAGGGAGCAAGGACGAUCACAAAUCAAGGUGAGGCCUGGUCCAUUAAACGGAAAGAAAUACAAUACAAGCUCUAUAUUCUACAAGCACACCCUUGGGGAACUAUCAGAUUACCAUUACAUCUAGCAAUACCAAACAGAUCAUAUUUUUAUUUUAAAACAUCAGUUUUUUACUAUUACAAGGGCUUUUCCUGCGUUUUAGGUAUUUACUGGAAACUCCAACCGCGAUACUGUUGUUAGUCAUCCAUUGCAUACGCCAAUCGAAGCACGGUACUUCCGCUUUCGCCCAAGAGCAUGGCACGGUCAUAUAUCCAUGAGGGUUGAACUCUAUGGCUGCAAAUCAGGUAAGGGAACCAAA